AUGGCAGAAUCUCAUAAAGAGUUGUGUUGGUCUUGUCCCGGUGCAAAACACAAGAAUAUAAUAGAUCUUUGGUGCUUUGACUGUUCAGAAUCAAUUUGUAUUGAAUGUAAGGAAAAACAUUUAGGACAAUUUCAUGUCAUUAUUCCAAUAUCAGAAGCAGAAAAAGUGGAUAAAUCUGUCAUUACAGGACCUUGUACAUGUAAUGAAAAAUUAUCUCAGGAUUCUCUUUUGCACUGUAAAUCUCACGAUAAAAUCUACUGCCAGUUCUGCGCACCUUCAGUUCAUAGCAAUUGCUCUGAAGUCCAGAGUAUUGACAACGCUGCCUCAGGGUGCCAGCAAAGGACAUCAUUUUUGAUUACUGAUUUGGAAUUAAGACUUGGUAAUUUGAAGACCAAUUAUAUGUCACUAAUAGAAGAACAGGAACUGAAUUUAACUGAUUUAAAUUUUCAGAAAUAUCAAAUCAGAAUUCAAGUGAGCGAUUACCGUAAGAACACGAAUAAGUAUUUAAAUGAAUCAGAAGAUAAAAUUGGAAAUCAGCUAGACCGUUAUUACGAGCAAUGUAGAGCUCAAAUUUCUAAAAAUAUAAAGGCUUCCCUAGAGAGAUACAAUGUGCUAUCAUCAUUUGAAAACACUCUCCAUUUACUUAUCACAAAUUCUUCCGAAUGUCGUACUUUCAUUGCAGCAAAGAAUAUCGAUUGCAGACAAUAUGAAGAGGAAUCUGUCUUUGAAACGUUUCAAGACUUUUUCAAGCUAUUUAAAUUGUCGUUUCGCAAAGAAGAAACAAAUGACAUCAAUACAGUUUGUACGAAAUUAGGAGACGUUAAGCUUGAAGUAGUAGAUAAAAGAAAUAUAAUAGUCCCAAAAAGGGAUUCAGGGGUACAAACUUCAGUCCGAGUACGAAUGACUGCAUCUCGUCUGUAUGCUUACAAUUCAACAGAGUUUGAUUUGGGAGAGGAUGGUAAAAUAUUUAGGAGCUGCCUGAAUCCAAAUAAAUUGUUAAUUCUUAUAGGUAAUGCACGUGCAGUAUUGGCUUACAAUACAAUAAGAAAAAGUAUAGAGCGCAUUGAUUUAAGUGAUUUUCCUGUAGAUGUAUCAGUUAUUGAUGAUGAGUUGUUCUUAGUGGCAAUGCCUGCACAAGGUGUUAGUCUUGUCAAUACGGCAACAAAAACGGUAAAAUUUAUUCUAAAUUAUAACUCAAAAUGUGUUGCAUAUCACAAUGCAGUUAUGUAUACAGUUCGUAAGAAAAAACUUGUUCUUUCAAAUUUAAAGGGAUCAAUCAUAAAAAAAGAAGGCUUAGGCUUUCACGCAAAUAGGAUUUGUGUUGAUAGUAAAGGCAACGUGUAUGUGUCUGACAAUAAGCAAAUUUGUAAGUUAGAUUCAGUGAAUUAUCGAAAGGAAGUUAUAUUAGAAAAGAAGUGGAAUGAAACCUGUGAUAUUGGAGGAAUUACUAUUGACAAGGAAGAUCGAUUGUACUACAGUGACAAAACUAACGGUGCCAUCAUGAGAUUUAAUCUCAAUUCGAAAACAGCGAAUGCAAUAAUUGAAGAUUUACAGAAUCCGUUAAGCAUUGCAUGUGACAAAACCACCAACCAAAUACUUGUAAUUACCAAUAGGGGAAGUAACAUAGAAAUAUGGCAACUUUGA